UUUCAAAUGAAGAGGAGACCAGCUGUCAACCAAUAGAGGAACAUAAAUAAAGAAAAGCUGGUAUUCUGAACUUUCGGGUGUUCAAAUGGGUCACCGCUUCUCCAAACGCAAGCUGGAGGGCACAGAUAACUUGUCCCCAGGUCGCUUUUCGGUCAGUGAAGAGGCUCCACCGCAUUACUCCUCUUACAGCACCGGCAGUGAGACGGCUGUCAGCAUGGAAACUCCGACACGAAGGCCGUCAGAAGUUGUGAACUCAAGGCAGGACAAUAGACGACCUUCUAUAUACAGCACCAUGGAUGCCAUGCCGCAUCUCGAGUUUUAUGCUAACGCCACCGCCACGGGCCGCAUUCGGCGCUGCAGGCCAUCGCUGGAGACACUGCGCAAGGCUAUUGAUGAUGCAGAAUCCGGCAGUAACAUGGGGGACUCUGGUAGGGGAAGCGUUUCAGCGCUACAGGAGAGUGGAAUCGAGUCAGAGGAAAACGGGCCAGGAGGAAAGACCGCCCAGCCUGUGCGCUUUGGAUGGAUCACCGGGGUUAUGAUUCGCUGUAUGUUGAAUAUCUGGGGAGUCAUUCUGUUCCUGCGAUUGUCCUGGAUCACAUCUCAAGCAGGAAUCCUUCUUACAUGGUUAAUCAUACUGAUGUCAGUCCUUGUGACCUCCAUAACGGCUCUGUCUGUAUCUGCCAUUUCCACCAAUGGAAGAGUCUCUUCUGGUAAGUCACUCGACAAGAGUACUCAGAUCCUGUUCUUCUUGGUUCUUAUGGUGUCUUUCGUCAACUAUUUUGUUGGCACUUUGAUUCCAGCGACUCCCCAGAAACAGUCCAUAGGUGUCUUCGGUUACCGCAGCGAGAUCUUCUUGGAGAACCUCUUCCCAGACUGGAGAGGGGCAGACGGCGACUUCUUCCGAAUGUUUGCCAUCUUCUUCCCAUCUGCCAUUGGGAUCCUUGCUGGAGCAAACAUCUCAGGAGAUCUGAAGGAGCCUGAGAUUGCCAUCCCAAGAGGGACACUGAUGGCCAUAUUCUGGACCACCAUCAGCUAUUUAGCCAUUUCUUCAACUGUAGGAGCGUGUGUGCUGCGCGACGCCUCCGGGAGCAUGAACGACAGUCUGCCGCUGAACUUCAGCGAGCCGUGUGAGGGUCUGAGCUGCGGUCUGGGCUGGAACUUCACCGAGUGUCAGCAGAGCGGCACCUGCGCCUUCGGCCUCUCUAAUAACUUCCAGGUCCUGAUCCAGGUCUCCGGCUUUGGUCCGUUGAUCUAUGCGGGCAUAUUUGCAGCCACCCUGUCGUCCGCCCUUGCGUUCCUCGUCUCCGCACCCAAAGUCUUCCAGUGUCUCUGCAAAGACAACAUCUACCCGUUCAUCGGCUUCUUUGCAAAGGGUUACGGGAAAAACAGCGAGCCACUGCGAGCAUAUCUGCUGUGUUACAUCAUCGCCAUGUGCUUCAUUCUGAUUGCUGAGCUGAACGUAAUCGCUCCUCUGAUCUCCAACUUCUUCCUCUGUUCUUACGCUCUCAUCAACUUCAGCUGCUUCCAUGCUUCUAUCACUAAUUCUCCCGGAUGGAGGCCAUCGUUUCGGUAUUUCAGCCCCUGGACGGGUUUGUUUGGUGCCGUUAUUUCUGUGGUACUGAUGUUCCUGCUCACCUGGUGGGCGGCGCUCAUUGCUUUCGGUUUAAUCAUCUUCUUAUUCGGCUACGUCGUCUAUAAGAAACCCGAGGUGAACUGGGGUUCGUCUGUCCAGGCCAGUACCUACAACAUGGCUCUGUCCUACUCCGUGUCUCUAGCAGGAGUCGAAGAUCACGUCAAAAACUACAGGCCUCAGUGUCUGGUUCUGACGGGUCCUCCGACUCUGCGUCCAGCGCUGGUGGACUUUGUGGGCUCUUUCACUAAAAAUGUCAGUUUGAUGAUUUGUGGCGACAUUCACAUGGAUGAUGAGAAGUCUGUGUCUCAGCGCAAUUCUAAUGACAUGAUAAAGUGGCUCAAUCAGAGGAAGGUUCGUUCCUUCUACACGUCUUUCAAGGCAUCCGGUCUGAGAGAAGGAGCCCGGCAUCUUCUGCAGGCUUCUGGUUUGGGGAAGUUGAAGCCGAAUAUACUGGUGAUGGGAUUCAAAAUGAACUGGCAUGAAAGCAGCAGUAAAGGCAUAGAGGACUAUAUCAACACCAUAUAUGAUGCUUUUGACUCCAACCACGGCGUGUGUGUUCUCCGCAUGAUGGACGGACUGGACAUCCGAGACGAGUUAGAGACUGAGGUCAACCAGGCUUUUGAGGUGGACGAGGCCAUAGAGUCUGACGAUCAGAUUUCAGACGAUGAUGAGAAGUCUGUGUCUCAGCGCAAUUCUAAUGACAUGAUAAAGUGGCUCAAUCAGAGGAAGGUUCGUUCCUUCUACACGUCUUUCAAGGCAUCCGGUCUGAGAGAAGGAGCCCGGCAUCUUCUGCAGGCUUCUGGUUUGGGGAAGUUGAAGCCGAAUAUACUGGUGAUGGGAUUCAAAAUGAACUGGCAUGAAAGCAGCAGUAAAGGCAUAGAGGACUAUAUCAACACCAUAUAUGAUGCUUUUGACUCCAACCACGGCGUGUGUGUUCUCCGCAUGAUGGACGGACUGGACAUCCGAGACGAGUUAGAGACUGAGGUCAACCAGGCUUUUGAGGUGGACGAGGCCAUAGAGUCUGACGAUCAGAUUUCAGACGCUGACUCAGAUGUCGACAACACAAAGAACACGGCGAACGAUCAGAUCAAAACCGUGUUCCAGAGCAAACAAGGGAAGAAGACCAUCGACGUGUACUGGAUCUCUGACGACGGAGGUUUGACUCUGCUAGUGCCAUACUUGUUGACCAGAAGGAAACGCUGGAGACGGAGCAAAGUCAGAGUCUUCAUCAUUGGAGACCAGCAAACCAUGGAGAACGACCGCAAGGAAAUGAUGACUUUGCUCCAGCGUUUCCGGCUGGAUGUUCACGAUGUCAUCGUGGUGACGGACAGCGAAAGGCCACCACUCGCCAAAAACAUGAGGCGCUUUGAGGAAACGCUUACCCCCUUCAGGCUGAAUGAGGGACAGCUGGACGAGAGGACGGCGCAGCAGCAGAGGACAGAGUUUACGUGGAAAGUCACGGACAAAGAGAUGGACGCACUGAGACCCAAGUCGGAGAAGAAAGUGCGGCUGAAUGAAAUCAUACGGAGGAAUUCGAAGUACGCCGCACUGGUUCUAGUGUCUCUCCCCGUAGCGCAGGCAGAUUGUCCCAGUUCUCUCUAUAUGUCCUGGCUGGACACACUGAGCUACGGCAUCCACUGUCCCGUCCUGCUCAUACGAGGAAACCAGCAGAACGUCAUGACCUUCUACUGCCAGUGA